CCCGGGGCUCCCGCAGCCCAGCUCGGAGCUGCUCUCGCCGCCGCGCAACAGUUGCUGCCCCCGAGGCGCGGCCGCCCCGGCCCGGGGAGCCCCCUGGGCGCCGGGGGGAGUGCAGGGGGGGCUGCUCGGAGCCGCCGCCGCUUUGCAGCGCUGAGCACUGCCGCUCUCAUCGCUCCGCUGCCGCCGCCGGGAGAAGCAGCUGCUGGGACCGCGGCUCCGAGCCUGCCCGCAGAGAUGGAGCGGGGCGGCGAGCUCAGCCAGCGCCUCCCUGCCGGGCUCCCGGGGGCGCCGAGCGCCUUCCUGAGCCCCUCGUGCAACCCCUGAACCCGCCGUGCAUCCCUUUGUGUACCCUCAAACCCCUCGUGCAUCCCCUGAACCUCUCGUGCAUCCCCCCCUUCAGCCCCUUGUGCAUCCCUCUGUGCACCCCGAAACUCCUCCUGCAUCCCUGUGUGCACCCCAAACCCCUUGUGCAUCCCUCUGUGCGUCCCGAAACCCCUCCUGCAUCCCUCUGUGCACCCCAAACCCCUUGUGCAUCCCUCUGUGCACCCCGAAACUCCUUCUGCAUCCCUCUGUGCACCCCAAACCCCUCGUGCAUCCUCCUUCAACCCCUUCUGCAUCCCUCUGUGCACCCCAAACCCCUCGUGCAUCCUCUUUCAACCCCUUCUGCACCCCUCUGUGCACCCCAAAACUCCUUGUGCAUCCCCCCUGUGCACCCCAAACCCUUUGUGCAUCCUCCUUCAACCCUCUGUGCACUCCAAACUCCUUGUGCAUCCCCCCUUCAACCUCUUGUGCACCCCCAAACCCUUCCUGUACCCUCUGAACCCCUCGUGCAUCUCCCUUAACCCCUUUUGUAUCCUUUGUGCACUCCUGAAUCCCUUGUGCAUCCCCUGAGCCCCUUGUGCAUCCCCUUGUGCACCCCCAAACCCCUCGUGCAUCUCUUCCUGCAUCCCCCCGUGUCCCCCCCAGCCCUUUUCUUGCACCCCUUGUACCCCCUCAUCCUCUCCGUGGCUUCCAGCCCCGAUUCCUCCCUUUGCAUGCAGUCCCAGUGGGACACACCAUGGGCACGAAGCAGACCAAGGGUUGCCAGCCGGGCAGCGCUGGGGAGAGCCCUCCAGCCCAUCACCGCAAGAAAGUACCCCCCAGGGAAAGGGGGGACUUCCUCGCCUCCCUGGUGGUGAAGUCUGGUGAGAAGUUUGGGAAGGCUGGUGGCAGCAGCUUGCCCCCUUACCACCGGCGGAUCUGCAUGAUCCAGGACAUGCUGGUGCUGGUGAAGCAGGGGAAGCAGGAGGAGGCCACCGAGCUGCUGAGACACCUGCGGCAGGAUUUAGGAAUGGAGUCGACCUCUCUGGAUGAUGUCCUUUAUCGAUAUGCCAGCUUUCGAAACCUGGUGGAUCCGAUCACUCACGACUUGAUCAUCAGCCUUGCAAGAUACAUCCACUGCCCCAAACCAGAGGGGGACUCCCUCGGGGCUAUGGAGAAGCUUUGCCGGCAGCUCACCUACCACCUCAGCCCCCACUCACAGUGGAGACGCCAGGGCAUCAUGAAGAGGAAACCACAGUCCUGCUUGAAAGCUGUCCUGAUGGGGAAGCCUCAGGACAACACAGUGGACUUGUCAGGCAUCCCGCUGACGCUGAAAGACUUGGACCGUGUCACAUCCUACCUCCAGCACAGCUCGGAGCACAUUGACACAGUGGAGCUGUGCUUCACGGAGCUGACGGAUGACAUGCUGCUGCAGCUCCUGCCGGUACUCUGUGUGCUGCCCCACCUCACCACCCUCUCCCUCAACGGCAACCGGCUCACCAAAGCCAUCCUUCGGGACCUCACUGAAACCCUGAAGGACCCCAAGAAGUUCCCCAGUGUCACCUGGAUUGACCUUGGCAACAAUGUGGACAUUUUCUCCUUGCCGCAACCCUUCUUGGUCAGCCUGAAGAGACGAUGCCCAAAGCAAGGCAACUUGCCAACCAUUCUGGAGUUUGGUGAGGGUCAGGUAAGCGAUAUGGAGAGUCAAGAUGGCCUGGCUGAGAGCCAGGAGGACCUGCGAGCUGCAGCCGGCAAGACUGACAACAUAGGCUUGCAGCAGAAGGACAGAACAGUCGAGGCUGGGGAGCUCCCCAACUCGGAGCAAGGUGCUGUGACACCGCAGACAUGAUGUCCAGCUCUGUGGUUCUUGAGUGGGCACGUUGAGCAAGGAUGACUUAAAUCCAAGACCUCAGCACUGGAGGUCCUGGCAGAGGGUCAGUUCACAUGGUGGGAUGCUUUGAGGAGGCUGGACUGCUGCCUUCUUCCCGCACGAUGAAUGUCAACUUUUUUCUUCUCGAAGAACACAUAAAGGUGAUCACGUUGAAUACUUGUAUUUUAUAAAAGCUGGCCAGGUAUUUUUAAACAUUAGUGACACGCUGUGCUUUUUAACCUCCCAAAAAUGCAUCUCCAGGGUGGUGUACUAUAAGGCAAUAUGAGGCCCUUAAAAGAGCACAAAAGAGGAGAAGAAAGGAGCCCAGACUUUUCAGGGAAGGGCUUCCUUUCCUUAGCGCUGGAUCUAGCCAGGCCCCAGGAGCUCUCCCACGUGUGAUGGACAGACUGCAGUCACCCCGGAGAGGACUGCAGCGGAGAUAAACCUGAAACUCCUUCCAAUCCUGACUACAGGAGCUGCUGAUGAAUAGCAGAUCUGCUGAGGCACAACAGAAGUCUGAUCACACACAAACCAGGAGUGUUUCUUUCAAUAUUGUGAGCCAGCCAGAAGGGAGAGCUUUGCCUUCCUGGCACGGAAUUAAACCGCAGCCUGUUGCGUGCCUGGAUGCCACUCUUGCCCUCCAGCCUCACUGAAAUCAGGCUGGCACAGGUGCCUGUCUGGUAUUUAUUCAGAUGUAAAAUCCAGUUUCCCACCAAUCGUGCUACUGUAAUAACUCCAGAGCUUUUAAUGCGGUACCUGGAGCUUGCACCAGCAACGCUGGGAGUGGAUUUGUUCCAUUUCGGGGAGUAAUCUGUACAACCGGGAGCCAGGGCUUGGCUUGGGUUGAUUGCUUUUGCUGAUAAAAGAGAUCUCACAAUUCUGAACAGCGAAUAUCCCUGGGGUUCAAUCCCUCUAGCACUGCCCCCGAGGGCUGGGCAGGCGCAGGCAGCUGGAGGUGGAAAGCCUCGGAGGGUCCCUUGGCUGUGUCCACUGCCAGAAGUGCUUUGUUUCUAAAACGUUGUUUUGGGGUUUUUUUCUAAGAGACGUGGGUUUGAUUUGAUUUUUGAUGGAAAACAAAUCACCCCAGAGGAGCAGCGCUGGAACGGGCACUUUGGCUUGUGAACCAGCAUUUCAUUUGAUCCUAAACCUGGGGAAGGGCAGCAAAGGCUGAAAACCUUCCUGUCCCUUCCAUUCAAAGGACCAAACAUGACUCCCUUUCUAAGGGAAGCCCCAUUCCGUCUGUUCAAAGCCCUUCCCCUCACCAGUUUUACAGCAUCACUCUCCUGGCUCAUAGCAGGGACCCUCUGGCUUUGCUUUUUCCAGGUGCAAAUGCAGUCAGGUUUCGGUUGUCUCUUUGCCUCUGUUUAUUUAACAUCCCUGCACCGAGAAGCUUUUUCCAGAGGGGCUUCACGCUAUCGGUGGUUGUUUCUCCUCCGUAUGCAAGUAGAUAACUUCGAAGAAACUCUGCUACUCGUUUUAACCCAUUUGGCAACGUUCAGUAUGAUUUGCAUGUAGCCAAGCCUCUUUCCUUUUCCUUUUUUUUUUUAAUGCAAACUCUUUCCAACAGGCAUGAAAAAACUUUGCAGUGAAUAAACUGUUCUGAUUGACAUAAAGGAGCUAUCUGUAAUCAAAAUAAAUGAUGAUGUUUAAUAAAGACCCAAUGUCGAAUGUUUCCUCUGCACAGGUUGAACUCCGAGAUGGAAAAAGGUACAACUGGAGGAGGGAGCAGGGCUAAAAGCACAGCAGCUCUGGGAUUCAUGGGGGCUUCAAAAACACUGCAGCAGG